CUGGAAAUCCAGAAAGAGGAAGAUCUGCAGUUGUUGCGUGAAGUGGCUGCUCACAUGUUCAGUGAUGGAGUAACAAACUGGGGUCGAGUGGUGACGCUCAUCUCGUUUGGUGCCUUUGUUGCGAAACACUUGAAAAGCAUACACCAGGAGAAGUGCAUCAGCUCGCUGGCAGGGAUCAUCACGGAUGCGCUCGUCUCAUCGAAGCGCGAGUGGCUAACGAGCCAAGGAGGCUGGGAGGGCUUUGUUGACUUCUUUCGAGUCGAGGACCUAGAAGGCAGCAUCAGAACCGUACUCAUGGCGUUUGCAGGCAUGGCUGGACUGGGGGCAAGCUUGGCUUACAUGAUCCGGUGA